CUAGAGUUCCAUGAGGACCCAGUCAGGCCUAAGAACAGUGAAUAGUGCACAUGGCUGUUGUCUGCUUCAACUUAAACCAUCUCAGACUUUAAAUUGAUAAAAGUGGAGCUUGGAUAAGGCUCAAUAUUUUCAUUUAUAAAAAAGUGCCCAACCAUUCUAUCAAAAUUUCACCCUCAAAGUCAGAAGACAGCGGCAACAUGGUAGAUAUCCAGCCGCAAAAAAAGCGGCGGGUCUCCAUGUGCGUAGGAUGUGGAUCACAAAUCCAUGACCAAUAUAUCCUCAGGGUUUCACCUGAUUUGGAAUGGCAUGCGGCAUGUCUGAAAUGUGCGGAUUGUCAUCAGUUUUUGGAUGAAACUUGUACAUGUUUUGUAAGGGACGGUAAAACAUAUUGCAAGAGGGACUAUGUCAGGUUAUUUGGAGCGAAGUGUGCCAAGUGUAAUCAAGGGUUUAGCAAGACUGAUUUUGUGAUGAGAGCUAGAAACAAGAUCUAUCACAUCGACUGUUUUCGUUGUGAAACAUGUGCUAGACCUUUAAUACCCGGUGAUGAAUUUGCUUUGAGAGAAGAUGGACUCUUUUGCAAGGCUGAUAACGAAGUUGUGGAAAAACCUCACAUCACUUCGAACGGUACAGGUGCUGCUAAUGGAACCAAUAUGUCCGGUGGUGCAAGUGGCAAUACAGGUCUUCAGAUGGCGGGUAAGGUUGACAAUCUGAAGCGGAAGAGAAAAGUAAGCUGCGUUAGAACAAAUGCCGAGCCAAUGCAGAACAAUAGGAAUCGGGAUUCGGUACGUCCCCAAGUUCAUAAACAAAAUUCAGAGCACAAACCUACACGGGUCCGAACGGUGCUGAAUGAAAAGCAAUUGCACACAUUACGCACUUGUUAUGCUGCAAAUCCUCGUCCGGAUGCGUUGAUGAAAGAACAAUUGGUAGAAAUGACUGGACUGUCUCCUAGAGUAAUACGUGUUUGGUUUCAAAAUAAAAGGUGCAAAGAUAAAAAGAAGAGUAUUAUGCUAAAACAGAUGCAACAGCAAGAGAAGUUUUUGAUCGUCUCCAUGUCCGAGUCUGAUUCAUCACCCCAAGCUUCACCGGAUGGACGACAAUUGACACUAGGUUCUAUGAGAGGUGUUCCAAUGGUAGCUUCAAGUCCCGUCCGACACGAAAGUCCUAUUCAGCUAAAUCCCAUAGAAGUACAAACCUAUCAACCCCCUUGGAAAACAUUGGCAGAAUACGCCAUUCAACCAGACAUAGAUCCUAGCGCGCCUCAUUUUCAACAGCUUGUUAGUCAAAUGCACGGAUAUGGCGAACCAGAUCCAACUCAGCACGUACCGGCAUCGGUUCCACCACAGAUUCCCGCAUACCUGGCAGGAGCUGAUGAUCCAAUGCAUCAACCUCCAAGUAACUUGUCCUCUCAUUUGCCCGGAACACCUUCGGAAUUAUCAAGUCCAACGAGUGAAUGAUGCCAGCCAAAGUGCCGGUCGCAUUCGAGACCGGUUCAUCGACGUCGCCAUUCAACCGUUCGCCAAUCUACAUGAUUAAAGAACCAGACGAUGAACAAAAGUCUGUGAUUGACUGAUUCGUGCCAAUUAUGAAUUUGUCUUCUCACUUCAGGAAUCGACCAAAAACAAAGAAAAGAAAAAAAGAACAAAAAACAAAAGAAAAAAAAAUUUAAGAGUUAAAGUAGGAGGGUGUGGAUUUCUACCAAGAACAAGAAUGAAGAAUUAUGAAUUGGAUGCGUGAAUGUGUGGUGCCUGAUUGUAUGUGAAAUUUUCCUUUUAAUUUUUUUUUGUUUGUUUAUUUGUUUUUCCAUUGACGUUUCGCAAAGAAUGCUCAACAUCAACAAAAGUCCGAAUCGAACAAAAUCUUUGCAGUUAUCUAUUUAAACUGUUCACCAUUAUAGGGAAAAACAAAGAAAGGGGAAAGAAAGAAAGAAAAAAAUAACCCGAAAUGUAAGUGACAAGUGUGGAACUUUUUAGCUGUGUGUUGAGUAAUCAUAUCUAGUUGUGUCACCUGUGAAUCUAAUGUGUCAUUAUGGUGAAAUAGUUCUCAAGUCAAACGUAAGAGAGGCGACCAGGUGUCGUGCCUGUCACCUGUAUAUAGAAAAUGGACCAGAAUGGACCUACCUCCCUGCGGCACUUUCAGCACCGCUCCAAUACAUGUCCUUACCCAUAGACUGUCACUUGUUAGCCCUCGUCUCACAAAUGACGUAUAUCUGACCUUGUACAUCCAACAAGUAGAUUCUAUUAAAGUUUAGUAAAAUAUAUAUUACGAUAUUGUGAAUUCU